AUGGAUGCUGUGGAAGCGGAAGCCGCAUUUACGCAGGCACACCAAGGAUUUAUGUCGCAACUGGAAGGGAUCUUGGCAUCUACGGGAAGCGCGACACGCAUGCAUCGCGGUGUUGAAGACGCAUGCAGGCAGAUGUGCAUCUUCCUUGCAGGCAUGUGCAGAUGGUUCGACGGCCCAGACCUGGCGAAUUACCUGAUGCAGUGGAAGCAGAAAUUCGAAAGCCUGGAGGACAGCAUAGCCUAUAUUGUUCUCCAUGUUCUUCUUCUUUCUGCUUCCACUGCAUCAGGUAGCAGCAUAGCAAAGGCGGGAAAGGUGAGCCCGACGAGUAUGUUCUGGUGCUUCAACGACCAGGGUUCAAUGGUCAGUCACAGCAAUAAGCUCACUGACCAGUUCUUCUACUGUGGUCGGCGGAUCGAGGGGCCGAGAAGAGUUGCUCCACAAGGACGCAGUGCACAUCUUGUGGGCACUUCCAAAGAGAGGUGCUCGAAGGCUGCCUUCCGCGAAACCGGCGUAGCGGCGUCAUUCGCAGAAGAAUGA